AUGGCGCCGGCUCGACUGAGGAAACUAGAACCAACCAGUUACCAUGUCGCAUGGAUAUGCGCAGUGGCAGAUCUCGAACUAAUCCCGGCGCUGCUGAUGCUAGACGAGUCCCACGAGCGCCCCGACAUCGACACACAAUAUGACGACAACUCCUACGAGUUCGGGACCAUGGGGGGGCAUAACGUUGUCGUGGCGACCUGCCCGGAUGCCAUGACUGGGCAGGUAAACGUUAGCCACAUCGUAGGGCCUCUCUUCAGGACAUUUACCGCGAUCAAGAUGACGCUCCUCGUUGGUAUAGGUGGUGGCGUUCCCCAGAAGCACCUCUUCUCCGAUCCACUCAGGGAUGUCCGCUUGGGUGAUGUCGUUGUCGGGUGGCCUAGUCAUGCCGAUGGGAAACCCGCUGUUGUCUAUUACGACUCAGGGAGGUCGUUGGUCGAUCAGUUCCAGACAACCACAAACCUUAACCGGCCGCAUAUGGUUCUGCUGAAAGCGCUCCCUUUCCUCAGGACCCGCCAUACACUUGGAAAGUUGAACUUCCACACAUACCUGGCCAGACUCCAACAGCAUGAGGAGCUUGGUAGCCAAUACAGGCAUCCCGGCCUUGAACAUGACGUCCUAUUUGAGUCUGCCUACAAGCAUGUCGGAGGCUAUAACUCCUACUGUGUUGGGUGUGACAAGGCAAACCUUGUCGAGCGAGAACCUCGCACGGAGAGCCAAAAAGACAAGUUCGUUUUUCACCAGGGAAGGAUCGCAACGGGGAAUGCAGUCAUCCAGGAUGGAAUCAAGAGGGACGCAAUCAAUGAUCAACAUCAGGAUGUUUUUUGCAUCGAGAUGGAAGCCGCAGGCGUUGACAUCAACAGCAGCUGCCUUGUGAUCCGCGGCAUCUCUGACUAUGCCGACUCCCACAAGAAUGACCGCUGGAGGGCGUACGCCGCUGGAAAAGCGGUCGUGUUUGCUAGGGAGCUUCUGGGAAACAUUCCAGCUAGUGAUGUUUCAGAGAAGAUGGCUUCAGGUCUGGGUCGAGACGAUCACGACCAUAUGCCUGGUUCAUAUCCAAUGGAGGAGGUUUGA